AUGGCCGCAUGGGCCCUUAGAAAUGCGCCAUGGACAUUUCUAUUCCGCGCCCGGAUCGGUUUGGAGUCUUUUGCAUGGCCACGAUCUAGCGCAAUUGCGAGCCACUUCAAUAACUAUGUCACCAAUGCUCACCUCCCGGAAGAGACGCCGUCCAUGGCAGAGAUGAGGGAACGCCCAUAUCCCACGGCCUCCAUCGACUCUUCAAUUUUCGAGAACCCUGAGGAAUACCAUUUCACAGGCGUCCCGAGAACCGUACCCCUCCCUCAGACCGCUUCCCAACCUGUUUCAAUCCACCCUUCCCUCGUUUUGGAACAUCUUGUCGAACAAGGAAUGUUUUUGGACGCAGAUCGUGUGCUUGCGGAACUGAAGGAGAUGCAUGCUCCCAUCCGGCCAUCAGAACUCUACGUAUCAGCUGCGUUGAACGUCCUCGAUUCUGAGCAUGAGGAUAUUCGGGAUCGUUUAGAUGCUUUUGUCAGGUGGUACUCUCUCAUUCCACCCGCUCCUAUUUUGCCUUGGCGUCUUUCGAACCUUCUGGAGACCCGCAUCUUUAGUGACCCAGUUCUAGACCUUUCACUUAUGAUGCAAUAUGCGCUCAUCUCAGCUUCCAACGGUUAUGCUAACAGGAUAUCCAGACGUGUCCUCGCCUUCAUCUUCCGCUUCACACCACCUUCUCUCAGCCAAUCCUUUUUAGAGACACUCCUCCAGACUGCAUGGACGAACGUUUCCCUCGUCGCAAGACCUCAGCUAGAGCAGAGGAUUCGUCACUGGUUCAGUGUUGCCAUCGAAAGCCAUUGUACAUCCGGCCGAAUAGCAGAUGCCGUCCAAAUUCUGCAAGCCGGUCGCUCCAAAAAUUAUACCAUCAACACAUCCACGUAUGAGAUACUACGCAACCGUUUGUCAUCCAACCUGGACGUUCCCCGUAUUGCGUUAGUCGACAAGCUGCGUGAAUCAGAUAACGGUGCUCAACACAUUUUGAGACUGGGAAAAAGCAGCCUCCGGGCGGCAGCCUCUGCGACUCGCGUCGAUCUCCCUGUCCCGAUGCAUACUCCCGAGACGAAUUCUCUCGCAAUGGCCCUGCGAAUCGUCAAGAAUAGCUGGAAUGGGACCUAUCAUGUCUUUCCCAGUGCUCUCGUCACUUUCAUUACUACCUACAAGGCCAGUGGUCGCACCAUUGCCCUUCCGAUCAUUCAGAAACGCGCCUGCAAAUCAUAUCCCACCGCGUCGCAAUGGGCUUUAGCAGAGAUGCUUUACCAUUUCCACAGGAAAGAAUUCCAUCAUCUUCUUGUCGUAUUCACCCGUUACUUCCACGUCAUAGGGUUGCCAAAACGUACCAAGAAGUAUAUUGGUAGGACGAUGCGUCGCUUGAGAGGAAAGUCGUCCACGGAGCAGGGUUUUAUAGUCAAUUUUCAGGAAGGACUUCAGCAAAAGAUGUGGCCUAAACACUAUCAUUCCGCGCUUGUAUGGCGGGCCGUGUCAGAGUUGACCCCGGAGGUCGAGAGUGUGGAGCACCUGUACCAGGAACUUUUAACGCAGGUUUCCGAUGCUCAAAAUCCAGAUUCAACGACAGCGCGGUUUGCAACGCCCCUCGACGGCGAUCCACAGGCUCAGGCACCUAUCACACUGUACAGUUCUACUCAUUUUAGCUUUUUCGUGAAUGCGUUUGGAAAGUUGCAUAUGCCCUCCCGCGCAGCACAAGUUGUCGCAGACAUGUGUCGUUUGGGCAUUGCACCUACCGUGCAUACAUUGACCAUGCUAUCGUCCGCAUUCGCGCGCGUUGGAGACAUGGAGAAGCUCACUUCACUCUUGGAUCACAUGGAAAGCCCCUCAAGUCAAAUCGGCGCAUCGUCUGGCAUGCAGUUUCCGCUUCCAAAUCUAGUAACAUACACCGCCAUUAUUAGGUGUCUCAUGCGGACGAGGCGGAUGGACGAGGCACUCAAUAUCAUGAUGCGGAUGCGUUCCAAGACCCGGUACGUCCCUGGCGAGAAUCCGGUUGUAGAUCGGCUCCUGCAGGAGCUUGCGCGGCACUACGCUGCCAUUCGCACCCGGCGGGUGGCUGACAACGAGGCAAGUCGUGACAUUCAAUUCAAUUUCUUCUCUAGUAUUCAUUCGUUAUGCAGACCUAUGACAACGAGUUGGCAGAAUUUUAUGUACCCGAAGACACAAUCAUUCUGUGAUAUUUCUCUUGUCGAAAAGACAAGCGUGGAAGUGCCUUCGUACUUGUGA